AGCAACAACGAGCAGAUGGCAUGGCCUAAUUGGUUUCUAUUGGUUGCUAUUGUAAAAAGGUAUUUAUUUCCACACACAUAAACUGUGACAUCUGCAUUCCUAUAGAGAUAUCUGUAGAAGUAACGGGAAGUUUUUGCUUGAAGUUGCAUACUUGGAAAUCAUGACGUUUUUUGCGACAGUUAAGCAUCACUUUUUGGAAGUUCCUUCCGAUGGUCGAAUCUGCACAAAGACUUUUCUUGACGCGUGUAGUUCAAUCGUACCGUUUUUUGAUAUUCUUGGUGCUACAGCGUUUGCGCCAGCCAAGUCAGACAUUAAUGGAAACAUCAGCAAAUUAACAAAGAAGUACGAAACUGACAGAGAGCGUUUUGCUGUGCUUCAAGCGUUCGUCGAAAUUGAAAAAGCUGAAGGGACAACAAAGGCUAAAAAUUCAGCGACAGAUGCUCUUCUUUGGCUUAAAAGAUCUCUUGAGUUCAUCGGUGUAUUCCUCGCUGACGUUCUAACUGGCCAGCCGGACUUGUCGAAGUGCGCCAAGAAGGCUUAUGAAGCUUCCCUGAAAAAAUAUCAUGGCUGGAUGGUUCAAGGGAUUUUUUCUCUUGCCAUGAAAGCGGUACCUUACAGAGAAAACUUCAUUGCUGCGUUGGCAAAUGGGGCUUCUGAGGAGGAGGUUUUGAAGGAUAUGCAAGUGCAUGUUCAAUUGAUGGGUAAGAAUAUUGAAGUUAUCAACGACUUCUAUGCAAAAAUGGGAGAAGACAAGCAUGAUAAGGUCUAAAUAAUGUAUAUUUGACAUUUUUAAAUAUGAAUGUUAAAUGAAUUAGAAUUUUUUCAUUUUGGUAUAAUUUUUUAAUCGUAUUACUAGUUAUGCUUACGUGUCAAUCUUGAUGAGCUGCCUUGCGAACAUACAGUGACAAUGAAGGAUUCUUAUUGAGUGCUAAUGCAUAUUCAUGUUUUAACCGUAAAUCACAGUAAAUCAUAGGCUCUGUUGAUGCUGCCCUCUCCGAAAUUUUACAAUGCCAAAAAAUGGCCAGUAUCUGCAAUUAACUAUUCGGAAAGAUCCAUUUGUUUGAUAAUUUUUGCUGAUUAACUUUCUGGCUUAUUUAUUAGUUGUUUAACUUUUUGAAAUAUUUAUGAAAUUGAAAACUUUAGGUAUGAGGAAAAAACAAGCUUCCUUGAUAAUUAUUUGCGACCCUGAAAUUUACCAGUGUCUGUUUAGGCCAAUUAUCACAAAAACAAUGUUAUUACAGAGUCACAUUUUCUCUACAUUUGCUGUGCGAAUUAUUAUUAUUUUCUAUAUUAUUUCUCUCAUAAACCUUCUUUGUGUUGAAUAUUCAUGAUUCAACUUAUGUUAUGUCUUGUAAUCGUGUGCGAUUUGAGUACAUACUCAAAAUGCGUUUUUUAAUCGUAUCUGACGCAAAAUAUGUCCAACUAAAAGUUGUUGUUAUCAGAUUGUUACAUAAUUUCUUCAAGCGCCGUGAAAGGCAUGAAAGGCGAUCUAGAGUAUUACUGACUCAAUAAAUCUUAUUUAUUACUGAGUGUUGUAAUUUUAUCCAAAGUUUUAUUUUGGGUAUGAAAAUACAAUAAAUCGUAUGAUAACGGCGUAGCGGAGAAUUUUAGUCUGUAACGGAGCUUAAUUCAAUUGUAGAAAGUUUUCUUGAUGAAAACAAAUAAUUUGAUAAAUUGAAUCUUAUCAUAAAAUCGCAGACUAUCUUGUGAUUGACAUAUUUUCUGUCCCGUCUUCAGCAGAUCUAUUAACCAUUAAACAUAAUUAUCAAGGUUGCUAAUUAUUCUCAGUAGUCUUUGGUGUAUGCAACUAGUAAUCCUUUGAUUAUAAGUUUUGCAGUAAAGUUAUGCUGUUUCAUGUUUUAUCUAUUCCAACCGGAUAAAUUUGAUAGCAG